UGGAAUGAAAGGGAGGAAAGGGAGGCUGGAAGGAGGAGGUAAAUGGAGAAUAAGCACGCGGCACACGUCAUUUCAACCAUUCAUUUAUUUUCUUCUCUUUUUUACUCAACAGCGCAACCAUUGGACUUACAAGCAGCUUUUUAAGACUUUCUUUUUGUUUAAAUUAGAGGAAGAAACAAAAAAAUAUUUUUUUUGUUUUUAUAAACUUUUGUAGAAAAAUAUUUUUAUUUAUGGGAUGAAUAUUGGUUUAAAAUAAUUUAUUUUUAAAAAUUUUUUUUUGCUAUUUCUACAUAAUCGAAGAAAAUAAUUUUUAAUUUUAAAAAUUAAUUUUUAAAUUUUCCUUCCUUUUCUUUUGUCUAAAAAAAUUUCCACAUCUACAUAUAUAUCCAUUUCCUUGUCUCUAUCUUCUUCAUCCAUAUAUCCCCAUCCUUCCCUCCCACCUACCUUUCCCCCAUUUCUUUCCCAUUCCCUUCCUCAUUUACCCAUUCAUGCAUUUACUUCCAGAUUCCUCAUUCUUUUAUUUUCUUUUAUUUUAUUUCC